UGCUUUGUGGCAGCAGAGGAGGAGGAACAUGUUUGCCACCUUAGUUGCUGCUCGAGGAGAGGGUCCCGCAUCCGCCUGGGGGCAGGAGGCUGUCGCCCCAGACUGGGAAAACCGGGAAGUCUCCACAGGGACCACUAUCAUGGCUGUGCAAUUUGACGGGGGUGUGGUUCUGGGGGCAGACUCCAGAACAACCACUGGGUCCUAUAUCGCCAAUCGAGUGACUGACAAGCUGAUUCCUAUUCAUGACCAUAUUUUCUGCUGCCGUUCAGGCUCUGCAGCUGACACCCAGGCUGUAGCAGAUGCUGUCACUUAUCAGCUUGGAUUCCACAGCAUUGAAAUGAAUGAGCCUCCAUUGGUGCACACAGCAGCCAGCCUCUUUAAGGAGAUGUGUUACCAAUACCGGAAAGAUCUGAUGGCGGGAAUUAUCAUUGCUGGCUGGGAUCCUCAAGAAGGAGGACAGGUAUACUCAGUUCCCAUGGGAGGUAUGACGGUAAGGCAGUCCUUUGCCAUUGGAGCCUCUGGGAGUUCAUAUAUCUAUGGCUAUGUUGAUGCUACCUACCGUGAAGGCAUGACUAAGGAGGAGUGUCUGUAGUUCACUGCCAAUGC